CUAAGGAAGACGUGGGACAGUAUGUCCUUUCUGGCUUUCCGUAGUCGGCAACAUGUCUGCGCUCUGUGUUGUUGAUUGAACCAUAUGAUUGAACAACGCGGAGAAUGGACCCUGGGCAUUCUGACAUAACACAGAACAAUUUCAUAUAACGAAGCAGCUAUGGCUGAACAUGCUCCCACUGUGGCCCGCGCGGCAGUGCUGAAGGAGAGCUCCCCCCUCCCUGAGGACCUGCCUCAAAUCAAGGGCUACGACUUUAACCAGGGAGUGGAUCACAAGGCGCUGCUGCAGUCUUACCUCACCACCGGCUUCCAGGCCAGCAGCUUCGCACAGGCUGUGCAGGAGAUCAACAAGAUGAUUGAAAAGCGACAGGAGCCAUUGGAGGAGGUGGGUGAAUGUGACACUGAUUCUCAGCAGCCACGCUCGGGUUGCACCAUUUUUAUUAACAACCCAGAGUCCGUGUACUACUGGGCCUACAAGAAUGACAUUCCUGUGUUCAGUCCAGCCUUGACGGACGGUUCCCUGGGUGAUAUGAUCUACUUCCACUCCUACAAGAACCCUGGGCUUAUUCUAGAUAUAGUUGAGGAUAUCCGAAGACUGAACAGUACGGCUGUGUUCGCCAAGCGCACUGGAAUGAUUAUCCUGGGAGGUGGACUAGUUAAGCACCACAUCGCUAAUGCCAAUCUCAUGAGAAAUGGCGCAGACUUCUCUGUGUACGUGAACACAGCACAGGAGUUUGAUGGAUCUGAUUCAGGGGCGCGCCCCGAUGAAGCCGUGUCAUGGGGGAAGAUCCGCAUGGAUGCCAAGCCUGUGAAGGUCUACGCUGAUGCCACAAUCAUCUUCCCCUUGCUGGUUGCUGAGACCUUUGUCUCCAAUGCUGCCAGACUGACCGGAGAGAAGAAACACAGCUGUCACUCUUAAGCAAACCUGUACUUCUCUGAUUUCUCCCAUAUUUAUUGCUAUAUUUGAUUCUUUGUUUCAUCUUCUGCUGUUCCAUGACCCCUUACUCCUUCUCAUCCCGUCUUCCUACUUUCAUCUCCUCUCUUCCCAUUCCUCUUUCCCCAGUCCUUGAAUCCUUAGUCUUUCCCUCAGUUUCAGUAAAUUAUUUGCCUUAAGCAAAAACCUCUAGUUUUUGAUCUGCAUAAUUGCUGUAGAACCAUUUUACGUUGAAUUAGUUGUCAUGUCACACAUGGUCUUAUUGUACAGAAGACCUCAAGCAUACAGAUGGUGUCGGGUGUUGGUUGAGUCCUGUCUGCCGUGCAUGUCGGUGUCGAUGGUGAUGUAAGAGUGUAUAUGGCCUGGCGUUACGUUACGUGACCAAUAUGAAAACAACGACCUUGCAAAACUGAGCAGUAACUGGGAUUCUGAGUAUUUUUAUGAGAAAGGGAUGGAUGAAAUAAUAUGGCACUGAGCUGAAAUGAUGCUCUCUGUGACUCAGAUCUCAUUCACCGCUCAUAAAACAGAUAAGGGAAGUUUGAGAGCUAUGCAAGUGUAACACUUAAUUUUUUUUAAUUAUUAGACAAUAAUUAAAUUAGUACAAUGGGGGCAUCUCUGCAUUAGGGGCCAGUGGAGCCUGGCCCCCACCAGGGUUCGUGUUGAGCAGUGCAUGACAUGAAUAACAAUUCAGUGUAACUAUUAUGGCGCGUUUAUUACAUAUGACAUCACUAGUGCUGUUCCAUACGUUCCAAAUAACUUCCUGUACCUGUUAUAUACUCCUCCUGUUAGUCUUCAUUUAGCGAGCGUGGGCCGGCCCAUCAGCGUUUGUUUAACCAAUGGAGCAUGUUCAACGCUGUGGGCCACCAUCACGUUGGCCCCACCCUAAGAAAGCCAAUAAAAAAUAACAGAAUGACCUGUGUGGAGGCUGUUUAAUAAAUGUCAUUUUCAGCA